AUGGUGUUUUUCUUUCUUUUCUUUUGGCAACUACUUCUACCUUCUUGUAAACUUAAUUAUUAGACUAGAAUGCAAAUAUUUAUUGUUUACAGAUCUAACAAAUGAAAGUAUUAUAAGUUUAUGGUCAGAUGAAAUUUUAAACCUUCCUCUGUCCUUUUGUACAAAUGGACUAGCAGAGAAAUUGAUAGGUUUAGAUACUAGUUUAAAUACAAUUUAUUGGAAGAGAAUAUUUGCUUUACCAAAAACUCACAGAGUUUAUGUUUAUUUUGAGUUUUCAUUAUCUGGAAAUUGGAAUAAUGAUGAAUUAUCGAUUUUUGCUAAUGAUAUAAAGGUAUACUCUGAAAAUUUUAAGCUUACAGAUUCCAAUCGUGAUUGUCUUUAAAGGUAUUGAAUUUAAUGAAAUUUAGAUUUAAAUAUGAAUCUUAGGCAUAUUUUAUAUUAUAUAUGAGAUUGGAUUCUUUGAAAUUUGAAAUAAAAGUUAGUAGUACAAACCUUGGAAUAUAUAUCAAAAACUUAGUUCUUUUAUAGUAGUAAUAAAGAGGAAGAAAUGAAAUUCUAGAAUUCAUAGAUUACAUCCCAACAUGUGGUUCUAAUAAUUAUUUUUAACAAUAUUAUUGCAAAUGCAAGACCAAUUUUGUAUAUGAAUAGAAUUUGUGUGUAACAGAAUGUAGUUAAAAUUACUUGUAUGAUUCAACAGAAAAGGCCUGCUAUGCAAAAGAUUAUUGUACAGCAUGUAAAGGAACUUAAACAACAUUAAUUUGUGAUACAGGAUAUUAUAAAUAUUAUGAAUCUGAUAUUAUUUAAUCAAAUUGUGUUAAGAGAUGCCCAAACAAUUAUUAUUAAGACGAAACAGCUAAAACUUGUGUAAGUAUGAAAUCAUACCUUUAAACUAAUUUAAAUGGAGGAGGUAAAUAGUUAAAUUUAUGAGAUUAGAAUUGGUGGACCAUUACUAUUUCUUUACAACAAUUUCAGAGUUUAUGCACUUUUACAAAUAUAAUCAUUUAAUGGCAACUGUAAUAUCAGUUCCAGAAAAAAUUAAAGAAAGAAGCUUUUUCUAUAAUGGUGGUAUAUUUUAUAUAGGGUCAUUUGAUACAUUUUAAUCCUAAAAGGUGUUGAUCACAUAAAAUAUUCAGAAUUCUUAACAUAAAAUACGUUUCAGAGCAGUAGCUCAUUUUAUUGAUUUUAACCCUACUAAAUUUGACAUCACUAUUAAUGGUGUAAAGUAAACAACUGUAAGUUUAACAAUUAACAAUUAAAAUAGAUUAUAGUCAACAAAAUCAGAUUAUUUAGCUUAUUUAGAUUACACUUGGGUAAGAACAGAAUAAUAUCCAAUAAGUUAAAAUACUUUUCUUUUUGAAAUAGAAUAGCCAGAAUAAGAUGGGAAUUAUAUUGGAAUCUUUUAUUUAGAUGAUAUUAAUGUUUAUCAAUUUUAAUGUUACUAGGGAUGUAACAGUUGUUUUACAUAUAAUUUAUGUACUCCUUGUCUUUAUCCAGCAAAUAAAAACCCAGCUGAUUGUUAAUGCUUAACAGGAUAUGUUAUGAAGGAUAAUUAGUGUAUAGGUAUUAUAGAAUUUGAAGUUAGAUUGUCCAAUUUAUUGUACUAUGUGUAUAACAGCUGGAGAGUGUGUAGAUUGUUUAGAAUCAACAAAAAGAAUAAAUUCUCCAAUUUGUGAUUAAUGUCCUGUAAAUUAUUAUUUAGAAAACGGAAAUGUAAAUUGUUAAUCUUGUUAAACUGGAUGUCAUUAAUGCCUAGUUGGAACUUCUUGCGUCUAAUGUGCAAAUGGAUAUUUUAGAAAUUAAAAAAAUUAAUGUACUACAUAAUGUCCAGAUGGAUAGUUUAAUGAUUCUAGCAAUGUCAAUGAUCCUAAAUGCAGUAUUUGUGAUAGUAAUUGCAAAAAUUGUCAAACAUUAGCAACAACAUGUACUUCAUGUAAUGGAUUAGCUAUUCUUGUAACAGGACAUUGUUAUUUAUGUUCUGAAGGUUAAUAUUUAUCAGAUACGACUUGUAUGCCAUGUGUAAAUAAUUGUUAAAAAUGUUCUACUAUUAUUUGCACAACUUGUUAGGAUUCUUUUUAUUAUAAAUCAUCAACUAAUGAAUGCCUUUCUAUUUGUGAUCCAGGAUUUUUUGGUAAUACUACUUCUAAAACGUGUGAUGAAUGUGACUCUAAUUGCUAAACAUGUUUAGCUGGUACAAAUAAGGAUUGUGUCACUUGUCCACCAGGAAAAGUGCUUAAUCUCUAAGAUAUCAUAAGUGGAGAAUGUUUAAUAAAUUGUUUGCUUGGAUUUUAUAAAGUAGAUGAUGGUUGUGCAAAAUGUUGGAAAGGUUGUUCUGCAUGUCUAGAUUCAACUCAAGCUUGUUUAACAUGUGCAAGCCAAUUCUUUAGAUUCAGAACUACAGGUUGGUGUUAUGAAACAUGUCCUGAUGGAUUUUAUAAUAAUUAAAUAGGUUUUGUUUGUUCUCCAUGUAAUAGUUAAUGUAAGGCUUGCUUUGGAUUUUCUGAGAUGCAUUGUCUAUCUUGUAAUCCUCCUUUGGCUUAUUAUCAAAAUUAAUGUUUAAUAGAAUGUUAUGAUGGUUAUGGCAGCAUUAACAAUAUUUGUUAACCAUGUGCUGCUAAUUGUAAGAAAUGUUUUGGUACAUAACCAAAUGAAUGUCUUGAAUGCAUGACUGGAUUUUAUACUCUUAAUAAUUAAUGCUAUGUGAAAUGUCCUAAAUCAUUUUUUGGUAUCAGACCUUAAUAUGUAUGCAAAUGCAUCUAUGAUAAUUGUAUAUCUUGCAACUCCAAUUAGUUUUUUUUGGAUAAUUAAUGUUAUUCUGUCUGUCCAAGUGGUUUUUUUGGAUAUAAUGGUUUAUGCAUAAAAUGUGAUGUCACUUGUGGAACUUGUUUUGGUGAAGGAAUAGAAGAAUGUUCUUCUUGUAAUAAUGGCUUAAUCUUAUAUUAAAACUUUUGUAUCUCCAGUUGCUAAGGAAAUAUUUAUCAUGAUAUUCUGCUUAAUGAAUGUAAAACAUGUCAUUCUGAGUGUACUGCAUGUUCAGGACCUAAUCAUAAUAAUUGCACUGCAUGUUCAAGUGAAAAACUAUUGACAGUUGAAAAUACUUGCAAAAAUGAAUGCACAGAUGGUUCAUAUCCUGUAUUAAAUGAAAAAAGAUGUUAUGCAUGUCAUACAACUUGUAAAACUUGCUUUGGUCCUUCUAAUUAGAACUGUGUCACUUGCAAUAAUUUAUUUUAAGCAAAUAAAUGUGUUAGUACUUGCUAAGCAGGAUUUACUCUCAAUACUACAGGCACAGCAUGUGAUUCAGAUUUUUCUCUUGUUAUAGAAACUUGUUCAUAUUAAUGCUCAACUUGUGAAUUAUCCCCAAGAUUUUGUAAGUAGUGCUCAGGAAAUCGUAGUCCAAAUCCUCCAAAUUGUGAUUGCGAAUCAGGUUAUUUUGAUGAUGGAAUUAACUCUGAUUGUCCUAAAUGUGCGAAUAAAUGUUUAACUUGUAAAGGAAUUUCAACUGUUUGCCUGAAAUGCAAAGGUGAUAGACUUUUACCUAAUUGUAACUGUCCAGAUUAUUAUUACGAUGAUGGCGAGGCUGUGAAUUGUGUUAAGUGUUAGGAUAAUUGUAAGGAUUGUGAUGCUAAUGGAUGUACAUCAUGUUUAGGAGAUCGAAUUAAUGUUCCUAGCUGUAUCUGUCCAGAUGGGUAUUUUGACAGCUAUUAGAUUUAUUGUUAACAAUGUGCUAAAAAAUGUGCAACUUGCAAUGGAACUGCAGAAUUAUGUAAUAAUUGUUCUGGAUAAAGAAUAAAUAAACCAAUUUGUAGUUGUCCAUUUGGAUACUUUGAAAAUUCAGAUUUAGACUGCUAACAAUGCGCUUCAACAUGUAAAGACUGUAAUCAAUAUGGAUGUCUAUCAUGUUUUGGUAACAGAAUAGGUCCUAUCAAUGGAGAAUGUAAAUGUGAUUCUAAAGGUAUCAGCAGAUUUAGCAUAGGAUCUGUAUAUUGUACAGAUUGUACUCUAGGAGUCCCAUAUUUUGGUUUAAAUGAUAAAUUUGAUGGAUUUUCAAUUGAUUUUGGUGGAUCAGUAGCAUUAUAUUUUACUUUAACGGGAGAUUCAGAUAUUUUGUGCGACAAAAUUUUUGAUAAAGACACCUUAGCAUUGCUUGGAACCGAUCCUGUAUGCAAUGAAGAUUUUACUGUAAUCUUUGGGGAUAAUCCAACAAUCCAAGUAGGUGACAAUAUUUAACUCAAUACAGAAUUCUUACUAUAAGGAUGUAGUUACAAAUUUUUAUAAAUUUUACCUAUGGAACUAGCGAUUUCAUCAACUAUAGAUUAAACUACUCAUAAACCGGCAGUAAGAUUUACAGAUAAUACUUCUCCAAAUGUAUGUUAAUAAUUGAGCAUAAAAUUUGAAGAAAUGUUUUACAAUGGAAAAUAGAAGCUAAAAGUAAUAUCAUGGAAUCAAAUACUUCCUAUAAGUGUGGAUCCAAUCAUAUCUCAGAUAUUAUCUGCUUAUUCAUUAAAUAAUAGCGAAACCAUAACUUUUCCGGAUAGAGUGUUUUAAUCAGGGAUUCUCUAUAAAUUUGGGGUAACAAUUGAAAGCUUCGCAAAAUUGUAAAAUGUCUAAACAUUUUAAUUUCAAGCAUAAUAAUAAUCAACAAUAACUUUUAAAUAAAAUACGCUAAUAAUUUAAUAUAAUAGAUUUUAAAACAUAAAAAUUCCAAAUAAGAUCUCGUAUGCAAAUUGCAUAGAAUAAAAUCCUCCAUAAUAAUUGUUAUAUUAUGAGAUAAUAUUAAAAAACACAAACUAAAGACUCAUAAAUGGAACAUUAACAGAAAAUUUAGUGGAUGGAUUCGAAUAUGAUGUUUUAUUAGAUUUCGCACCAUUUUAUUUCAAUUUUACAAAUCCUUAUAUUCUGGUGUUCAAAACAAAAUUAAGUAGAUCAGAUUACACAACAACUAGUUAAAGCACUUUUGAUAUUUACAUAGUUCCUUCAUCACCUAUUUUAACAAUAACAGGAGGAAACAGAAUGUUGGGAUUUUCAUAGGAACUACUUUUAAAUACAACUAUAGCAGAUAAUGAUUUAACCGUAGAUGAAGCAUCAAGAAUAUAAUAUCAUUGUUAUUGGAGUUGUGAAGAUAUCGUUUUAGGAACAUCUUGUAUGAAUUAAAUGAAUGAAACUCUUACUUUUGAUAAUAAUUGCAAUUAAUUUUUACCUGCUAAAACGUUUGCUCCUUAUAAAGCGGUUAAUUUUUAAGUGAAAAUUAUUAAAGAAAAUUUUAACUAUUCAACAAAAGUUUCAAUUUAACUUAUUGAAUUAGAUUUACCUGCCUUGAGUAUUUAAGGAGGUGAUCCUUUCGAGGUCUAUAAUUAUUAUGAUGAAUUCAUAUUUAAACUUAACUAUCCAGGGAUUAACCCUGAUAUUUUAAUGUAUGCAGGAGCUGUUAUUUAUGAUUAGAUAGUUUAAGCUACUUUUUAGUUUUAUUAUUUAGACUUUAAAUUCAAAAUACUGGAUUAUUUCACUAAUUUUGAAUAAGCUAAAGGAAAUGUUGGACGAUUGAGAUUAUCCAUUUAUGAUCCUAGAUUCAUUAUGCCUUCAUUGAAUACUCAAAUUUUGACAAUGAAUAUACCACCAUAAAAGUGUGAAUUAAAUUAUAAAAAGAAGGAGAGCUUUGUUGAAUUCUUAGACUAUCUUGAAGUGAAUAUCAUUAAUUGUGAAGAUCUUGAUACUCCAUUGAAAUAUUCGGUGAUGUUAUUUCCUAAUUAAUCAAUCUAUAAAAAUGAUAUUGAGAAUUCCAAAUUUUAUCAUUACACUCUUGUUAUACCUCCAUAAUAAAAAUCUAAAUUUAAUUUGACUCUUCCUUUUGCAAAUAAUGACGAAAGUCUUAUUGUUGUAAACAUCCAAGAUUCAAUUGGUGGAAUUGCAAACAUAACAGAGCCUAUAAUUAUAAAAUAAUAUGCUAAUUUAAGUGAGACCAACAUCAGAGACUACUAAAAAAGAUUGAAAACAUUUGAUGAAUAAUUAAUAGGAUAUAAGAUUAUAACUGAUAGACUUACUUAAUUAAGUGGUUUGAUUGAUUAUAAAGAAGAAUUAUUUAAGGAAUUGUUAUCAAUUGAUAAGAAUGACUCUUUUUUAAGUAAUUAAACUGAAAUUUUAUAUAAUUCAUUAUCAAAUAUUUUGAGUUCGAAUGUAAGUUUAAUAGGAUUAAAUGAAACACACUUAUUGUUUUAAGUAAAUAAUAGAAUCAAAUUGGCAGCUGCAUAAUUAAUGAUUUUGAGCGAAUUGUAAAAUAAUAAUAAAUUGAGUUCAGAGUAAAACAUAGAGAAAUCUAAUUAUGUGAAAUAAUAUUACACUUAUACAAAUAUCCUGUCAUCUUAUAUAAAUUACCGAGUAAAUAAAAAUGUAACAGCAACUGAAAUACAACAAUAACUUGAUAUUAUGAUGAAUUAUCUCUAAGAUAUUAGUGUAGCUAAUGAACCUAUGUAUAAAGUAUCAUCUAAUUCAGUAAAUUUGAAUUUUGGAUUCUUAACAUCUAAAUUAGCUACUGAUGCUAUUGGUUCUUCAAUCAAAGAUAAUAGUAGAAAUAGAUUAUUGGAGGAAGAGUUAGAGAAUACUAAUUAAAAUUAUAGCAAUUCAACAAAUUU